AUGAAUUCUCAGACAGAGGAGGUAGAAAAUACUUGUAGAUCAGAAGAUGGUAAAGAUACACAAAGUCAAGGAGGAAGGACUGACAAAGCUGAAGCUCAAUUGCAUGUAUAUGGACAGUUGGAGUGUGAACGAAGCAAUAGGAAUUUUGUUCAAAUUGAAGCUGAUGAAUCAGAUCAUUGGUGGCAGAAAAGUCUUAAUUUGAAAUUUUCGGACCUUAACUGUAUUGUUCAAGGGUUUAUGUUACAAGAUACCAUUAUAAAUGCUGCUCAAAGCAUCUUGAAGAAGCAAUUUCCUUUCAAAGGAGGAUUUCAGAGCACUUUAAAUGGUCAGAGACAAAGGAAAUUAUUUGAUACUCUUCCAUUUGAUUCACACUCUAUACAAAUAUUACAUACAGGUAAUUAUCAUUGGAUAUGUGUGGAAAUAGCUCAAAAGGAAGUGAAAGUGAUGGAUAGCUUAGGUGAAUCGUUGGAUUUGAAUGAUCACACUUUAAUUCAAAUAGCAAGCUUAGUGAAAUCCGAGAUGACCUCUAUAAUUAUACAACAAGUUUCAACCCAGCAACAAUUAGGUGUUCGUGACUGUGGGCUCUUUGCAAUAGCCUAUUCGCUAGAAAUAUGUCUUGGAAGUCGCACUUUACAUCAAAGAUUUGACCAAAAUAGAAUGCGCCAUCAUUUAAUUGAGUGUUUAGAAAACCACCAUUUUACUCCUUUUCCAAAAACAACUGCACAUGUUUCAUUUUCUCAUAAGAAAACAAUCAAAGUGGAUGUGUAUUGUAUUUGUCGUCUUCCUGAUAUAUAUGAUGAAGAGAUGAUCCAAUGCGAUUCUUACUGUGAAUGGUAUCACAAGAAGUGCAUUGAAGUUCAUGAUAUUGGUGAUGAAUGGGCUUGUCUUAACUGUGACUCUAAAGUGUAAGAUUUCGAGUUUUAUUGUGUUCAUUAACUAUUCAAAAGUUAUUAAAAUAAAU